GAAAGUGAGGAUUUUAGAUAUAAAAUUAGAGAAAUUGAAGUUCACGACCAAGAAAAAAUUUAUGAAAAUAUCAUUUUUGUUUCUUUUGUUCCCCAUUGUAGACUGUAACAAAUUAUUUUUCCAUUUUGAAUAAUAUUAGGUAGAAAGGGCAAGUUAGGAAAGAGACGAGAGGUGAAGGUUCAAAGAAGAAUGGUUGGGAAUAAAUUCAGAAACGGGCAAGCCUGGCAUGUUACAUGUCCCUCUUUCUAUCCCUUCGUGCAAAAGCUUUAAUUACGGUGUAUUUAAUUUUUUUUAAUUUAUAACGCUUUGAAGAAAAUCAAUUACUCCUCUCAAAAAAUCAAAAACAAAUUAAUUGAAAAAAAAGACAUUUCGAUCUUUCUUUUUUUUCUUUGUAUAUAUCUCUCUUGGUGGAGGAAUGCUUGUCACCUACUCCUUUUAGUUUCCACUCUUUCUCUCAACUUCUUUGGAACUCUUUCCCCUAUAGAAAAACAAAACUCCUCAAGUCACAAACUUUUUCACAAAGAAGGAAAAUCUCUCUGUUUUUUUAUCUCUGUUUCUUUUGCUCUGUUUUCAAGUUAAUGGAGAAGCACAAGUGCAAAUUGUGCUUCAAAAGUUUCUCUAAUGGCAGAGCUUUAGGUGGUCAUAUGAGGUCUCACAUGUUGAAUCUUCCAAUUCCUCCAAAACUAGAAGAUCAAUUCCCAGAUAUUGAAGUUAGUGAAGAUACUGAAUCAACUUCAUCUUCAGAGGAAGAAGCGGAAGAAGGACAAGAAGAAGAAGAGAAGGCUGUUUUUUAUGGGCUAAGAGAUAACCCAAAAAGAUGUACUCGCUUGGUAGAUCCCGAGUUCUCUUUUGCAGCUGUUGAUGCUGGUUCUGUUGUUCUUCAAGAUAGAGAAAGUGAGACCGAGUCAUCAAAGAAUCCUACAAGAAGAAGAUCCAAGAGGACUAAGAGCUUGUUAGAGCAUCAUCAUCAAUAUCAUCAACAAAGACCCAGGCAAGAGCAAGAGAACAACAUCAUAAUAAAGAAGCUUGAAUUCAAGAAAAUGGGCACUAUUAAGGCAGCAGCCGAGUCAUCGUGGGGUCAUGAACCCGAACCGGUGAGUUCAAUUUCUGGCACUACAACAGAAGAAGAUGUCGCUUUCUGUCUUGUGAUGCUUUCAAGAGACAAAUGGAAGAGAAAAGAACAGGAGAAUCAAGAAGAAGAACAGGAACUUGAAGAGGAAUUAGCAGAAGCUGAAACAGACGAUUCUGAUGAGUUCAAAUCUUGCAAGACAAAAACUAGAGGAAAGUACAAAUGUGAAACAUGCAACAAGGUGUUUAAAUCUUAUCAAGCGUUAGGUGGGCAUAGAGCAAGUCACAAGAAACUCAAGGUUUAUACACAAAGUAACGAACCAAAAUUGGAGCGAACAGAAAAUGCAGGUGCUUCUACUUCUUUGCCAGAGAAGAAAACACAUGAAUGUCCAUAUUGUUUUAGAGUAUUUUCAUCCGGGCAAGCUCUUGGUGGCCACAAAAGAUCUCAUUUAAUCGGUGUAGCAGCUUCUUCAAGUACUCCUGCGAGAAGUUCCACAAAGAUUGGAGACAAUAAUUGGGGUUUCAUAGAUCUUAAUCUUCCGGCUCCCGUUGAUGAUGAUGAUAUUAGCCAACUUGAUCAGCUCUCUGCUGUGUCUGAUGCAGAAUUUGUUAACUACGUCAAACGGAUCUAAAACUAUGCAAAUUUGCUUGGGUCAAUUGAGUUACAUGGUUCUUGUUAAUCUCAAGACUAUUUCUUACAGUGAUUCAUUUUAUUUUAUUCUGUACUGUCUUCCAGUUCUGUUUCUGUAACGAACUGAUGAUGAGUUAAAUCAGCAUCCACGAAUGGAGGGAACUGAAUAGUUUUUACAUAAACUAAGCUGUUCUUUUUCUUAUAAUUUAGUGUUACAAAUUCUGGGUUUUGUUA